AUGGCGCUUACUUUGUCCAUCGUGUACACCCUACGUGCGCAGAGGGUUUGUGAGCUCGCCAGGGUGCACAUGUUUCUCAACAGGCCGACGUCGACAAUGACCUUCUACCCGAGCAGCGACGAUAAGACUCAUGGAGUGUGUGCGGUGCUGGACCGCCUGCUGCAUAGCUUCGCUUGCUUGGCGUUGGCGGCUGACAAGUCGCAACGCGCGGACCUCAACAAGACGCUCUCUGAGUGGAAGACGCGGGCCGCCGCCCGCGUGCGAGACAUUGCACUUCCCAAGCUCGGCUUGUUCCGCGACGACAGGGACGCAUCCAGCCCGUGGGCACCAGAGAAGGAGCGCAGUAUCGAGAAGAUCCGGGAGCGCAUUGCGCUUGGCGCUGACCGCCCUGGUGAGUGCCAUGAAGACAGCAGGUGGGGUCGCCUACGUGUUGAUCGGGACGGCAUGCCGUUUGCCUCUCGGGCGUUCGCGACAUGCGCGAAGGCUGCAUUCAGGCCUAAGAAGGCCGGGCUGGUGAUGACUCUGAAGGUGUACCACCUGGCCUGGUUGGAGCAUGUGGUCUCCAACUGCGUCCUCUACUGGGAGGAGAGGAAAGGCCGGCUUUCCAACUCGGCCGGGGGAAACGCCCACGUUGUGGACGGCCUCAAGGUCCUGGUGAAGGAGGUCGUGGAGAGGGCGAUCCGGAUCUGCAACCCGGAGCGCAAGGUGUGGACCUGGGGCCGCCAUGGACUGCGCAUCUCUGCGUGCGCCCUGGAGCACAUGAAGCCCACCGCCGCAGCUCAGUCCGAAGACCUCGUGGGGGAUGACGACCUUUCGGCGUCAGUUGGUGCUGAGUAG